AUGGCUCUUCGCCUUCCGAAAUUGCAUGUUUUCAUGCGAUGGUUCCUCCUGAGUCUCGCCAUAGCCGGGAGCGCCGGAUUGAACCCAGAGAAAAACAGAUUCGUUAACCCAGGACGCGGUGGCCCAACUCCAGUCUGGCUGGUUGGAGAAGAGCAAGUUAUCUCAUGGAAAACAGAGAUGGAGGUCUACAAUAUAAGCUUGUGGCAUGAGUUUCCUGGUGGCGGUGGGGCCACAUUCGGCAGUGUUUUGUACUCUGCUUCAAGUAGUGCGAUGCCGAUGAACUUCACUUGGACCGUACAGUUAUACGACUUCGACUUGAGCUUCUCAAACGUAUUCUUUUUCUGGUUCAAUCGUGGUGCCCGAGAGCAUUUUAUCUCACGUUAUUUCAACAUUACUAGAGACGAUUCUAUUUUAUCGACAAGGUCAACAGCGACGACAAUGUCAACAGCCACGACGUCUGUACCAUCUAGCCUGCCCAGCUCGCCCGACGCGUCUGCUACAGCUACCACUCCUAUAGAAACGGCGGAUGCGACACCUUCCUCAGAACCGCAGAGUGAUGGGCUGACUACCAACUCGAAAGUUGGAUUGGGCGUCGGAGUCGGCAUCGGUGUCCCAAUAAUCGCCCUUCUAGCUUUCAUCGCAUUUUCCAAAUACUUCAGACGCCGGCCACAACCUACCGAUUCCAAUUUCCAGCAGACAUCGCCAAUGGUUUAUACUUCAAACACGCGCCGUCUUGGCCCCAAGAAGUACUUGAACGAUUAUCGUAAACCUGUUGAGCUGGACGCCGGAACGGACCAUCCACUACAGCCAGAGUUGCCCUCUGACUCCAAGUUGAAACGAUCAGAACCGGUGGUCGAGAGCUAG